AGAAGAGAAGAAAGCACCCCGAAAACAAGACCCCGCACGUCAUGGCUCCCGGAUCGCGUCUCGAAGGCAAGGUCGCCAUCGUGACGGGCGGCGCGUCGGGCUUCGGGCGGGGCAUCGCGGCCAAGUUCGCGGCGGAGGGGGCGCGGGUGAUCAUCGCGGACCUGUCGGAGGAGGCGGGGCGCGCGGCGGCGCAGGAGCUGGGGUGCGUCUUCGCGGCGGGCGACGUGACGAAGCGCGGCGACUGGGAGACGCUGCUGCGGACGGCGCUCGACAGCUUCGGGCAGCUCGACGUCGUCGUCAACAACGCCGGCGCGACGUACGCCAACAAGCCGACCGAGGACGUCGACGAGCGCGACUUUGACCUCGUCAUGAACGUCAACGUCAAGUCCGUCUACGUCUCCACGAGCGUCCUGCUCCCCUACUUCCUCGAGGGCAAGCGCCCCGGCGCCUUCAUCCAGGUCGCCUCCACCGCCGGCGUCCGCCCCCGCCCCCGCCUCACCUGGUACAACGCCUCCAAGGCCGCCGUCAUCAAUGCUACCAAGACGAUGGCAGUGGAGUACGGUCCGCACCAGAUCCGCUUCAACGCGGUCUCGCCGGUGGUGGGCAGCACGGGCAUGACGCACCUGUUCAUCGGAAAGCCGAAUACGGCCGAGAACCGCAAGGCGUUCGAGUCCGUCGUGCCGCUCGGCCGGGGCUCGACGCCCGAGGACGUCGCCAACGCGUGUUGCUACCUCGCCAGCGAGGAGGCCGCCUUCAUCACGGGCGUCAACAUCGAGGUCGACGGGGGACGGUGCGUGUAGACGCCAAGAGAGGGGAGAAAGGGAAGGGAGAGGGGAAGGGGAGGGAUAACGGGGGAUUUUCAGUCACAGGGCACUUCUGUCUCUCGUAGGUAGCGGUCAUCGGUCCGAAGGUAGGGAUGACGGGGUAGCUGUCGGAGCCACGCCGACAGUGUUAUGACCCUGCUCUCGUUAUUGGCCGUCAAGCAGCAAUAGGACAGCUCACAUGAUUCAUAUGAGGGGGUGGCUUAAUAUAAAAAUCCAGAUCACGAAGGCUCGGAGCCUGUCCUAGAGGGGAUAGAGAUCCUCUUGUUGUUCCUCCGCCUAUUCAAAUGCAGCCAGUGG